AUGGACCAUGCGCGAUAUUGGAGAACGAGGUCACGGUCCCCAACCACUAGAGGCAGCCCCGAGGUGGUGGAUCGAGAGAGCGUGGUGGAUCGCGACAGGGACCGCAACGCCCGGUUCAACAAGAGCAACGAGGUAAAUGAGAGCGAGCCUACCAAAUAUGAGGUCCGUAGGUUUCCUUCAAUCAAAAAUCUAAAGAGGACGCUAGAGGAAAAGGUUGAGGGGUUGCUGAAGGCCGGAUGGAAAUAUGAAGCAAUGGAGCUCUUUUUGAAGCUGAGUAUGCGAGGCUAUGAGCCGCUUUUGCCCCAUGACUGGCAGUUGGACUUCGAUGGCUUUCCCUCUGUUCUCUUCGAGCCACUGUCGGAACCAGCCUAUAUUCGCAAUGCUACAGGAUCCGAAUUCAGAGCUCUCAAAGCCUUGGAGGAUAUAAUCAACAUCGGGCCUCGUGUCCGGGAUGCCUUUGAGUUGUCGGUGCAACAGCGGACAGCCGAACGGGUUCUCACCGACGCUAUCAAUCGCUAUGCUCUCUGGGCAUUUAAGGAUGGAAAUGUGAACCCCAAGACAGGUUCUAUGAUUCCGAUCUUCACCACCUGGGCCGGUCCUGGCACGGAAGCUCCAGUGAAGCUGCAGUCGGAACUUGCGCGCAAAUUCCGUUUCAUCGCUUCCAGCUGGAGAGAUGCCCAAUACUUUCGGGCGAACAUGGAUCAAUCAGCGGAACCGGCACAACUCCCCACGCUAUACGGUGUAAUCGUGUCGGAGAAGGUAUUUGGUAUCCUGACGUACGAUAUUCCUAAUGAAGAUUCCAUGUCGCAUAUUGAACACAUUCAGCAUAUGCGCUGUGUGGGCAUGUUCAGCUACGACGACUAUGCACUGGAUGUAUACAACGGUCUCGCCAUAGCCAUCACCCUCAUUCAUGUCAGGAAUCGGAUGAUAGAACUGAAGAAUGAGUGGAGGAGUGUCCUAGAGCAUAGCAUGCCUAGCACACCUCGACCGGAUAUCGAUGGUUGA